CCAUGUCGUUUCUUCCUUCCUCGUGAGGAACGUGAGCCCGCUGUGGGGCAAACGGUACACGAGAGGGCCGAGAGGGACGCAGCAGCCCCUCCUCAAGCCUUCCCACGACGAAUCGGCUUCGCCUGCCGAUCUACACUUCCCGUUCCUCCACCUUCUCCUCCUCUUCCUCUGAGCUAGUGCCAUCCCGAAGCCAUCCAUCUGUCGAUCCAGGCCGUGCGAUCUCUCCUGCCUCUUCCGUUCCCGUCAGUCUGACCAUUCUUCGCCGUUUCCCUGUUUCCACCUUUUUAGAGUCUCUUCUCUCUGUGUGUGUGUCUUUGAGAGAGAGAGACAGAGAGAGAGAGGGGAUGGAGAUGAUGGCGCUGUUGUUUCUGUUCGUUGCAAUGUUUCUGAUGUGCUUCGGGAUCGGCGUGGUGUUCAUGGUGUACAUGUGCAUUCUGUGGUCGUCGAUACUGCAGAACGGGGAGGGGGAGAAGGGCGGGAAGGGGUUGUCGACGGCGGAACUGGAGCGCCUCGGCGGGGCGGCGGACGGCGGUGCGGUGGCCGGCCAGGAGUGCGCGGUGUGCCUGGAGGACAUCGAGGCAGGGCAGGCGGCCCGGGUGCUGCCCGAUUGCCGCCACGCCUUCCACCGGCCCUGCGCCGACCGCUGGCUCUCGGCCCACCCGGACUGCCCCCUCUGCCGCGCUUACCUCCACCCUCCUCCUCCUCCGCCUUCGGUCCCCCUACAGGUGGUCUUGUCUGCUUGAUAACGCUGCAGUUUUGCUCUCUCUCUCUCUCCCCUCCUCUUUGCCUGUUCUUUUAAUAGGAAUACACCAUUCUAGCAUAAUUCCUUUUCUUCUUCAAUUUGAUUCCGUAGGUCUUGUGAUCAAAUACGUUAUUUAGUUCUAUUCAUCGAUUAUGUUCUCUCUUUUUUAUCUACAUAUAUGUAUAUAUCUUUGUGUG